GUGUUUGCGAGAAGCAUUCCAGAGUGUCUCCUUGUGAGGGAAAUUCAGGACUUUGAAAAUGACAACACGUGGUCUGCUGCCCUCAUGUGGCCGAAACGGGCCAAGACAGAGCUCUCUCAAUUAUGAUAUCAGCACAUUCAUUCUGAACAUUUAACACAACUAGGGGGGGGGGGGUAUUACGAACAAAACGCAAUAGGCCUGGACCUUUCACAGAUUCGGGUAAUCCUAUAACCCGUAGACCAUGCCUUCUGGCUCUGUUUUCCAGUUCAUCAGUCUUAUUAAGGAGUUGAUAACAAGCUUUAGUGUUCAUAGUCGCAGCCUUUUUGAGAUUGGCCAGAUCAGCAAAGCAUUCCCCCAUUCUGUGCUUGUAAGCCUCUGAGAUAAUUGGGCCAGUUGCUUAUUAAUAUUCGCUGUCUGCUCCUUUUAAAAGCGGUCUCAUUGUUUCCCUCAUUGUGCCUCUGAGAGAGUGUGAGAGGUAGAGGGUAAUUUGUGCUGUGUUGUCAGCGGUGGAGAGACACGGGGGUUAGGAAGCGCUCCAUAUACCGGGAGCUGUCACCGGCACUGUAGGGACCCAGUGGUCCGAAUGCGGGAGGCUAAUAGCCGUGGAAAUGACACAAAUGAGCGGGGGAAAUGACGAAGCUCUUCUCAGCUGCCUUCCAUGCGGCACCCAGAAUCGAAAGUCAUCUUGUCUGGUACUUUCUCUCCAUCCAGUUUCUCUCUCCAAGACUUAGUACAUAGAACCCUCUGUCCUCAAGGCACCGUAGCAGUGCAGGUUUUAAGGAUAUCCAUGCUUCAGCACAGUCAGCUGAUGCGAGUGUUGGGGGAUGGACACCUCUGGAUUGCGAGACUUUGCCAAUGCUGGAGGGACAUGUCGACUAUUUUCAGCUUCGUCGCAGUACUUUAUCUCCAAAGCCGUGUGUUACCUGUAACAUCCUCAGAAGAGAGAAUAGAUGUAUCUGCUACAGCGGGAGGGAAUGUGACGCUGCGUGUGCCCGACAGAGGAGAACAAAGAAUUCUGGACAUCACCUGGGUCACCGCUGGUGGGAAUCACUUCGCUACGACAGCACCAAAUGGAAGUGUUUUGAUUCGAGAUGAUCGUUAUAUAGGAAAACUGCAUGGUUCUGAUGAUGCUUCAUUAAUCAUAAGUCAUGUAACAGUGGAAGACCAAGGACUCUACAGAGCGAGUGUAUGCCCAUUGAAAGAGGAUUCCUAUGGCAUAAUGUAUAAUAUCCGCGUUUCAGAGAACACAGCAGAUAAAAAUGUUGUCGGUCACGUUGAAGACUCUACUCAGGAUCCCUGUGUGUCCUGUACAACAAAUGUAGCAGUGACUCCCAAGAGUGGUACAGCCAAUGGCAAUAGAGUCCGGAUCGUUCUCCUUAUACCUGUGGUGGUAGUGUCGAUGGGUGUGCUGGUAGUAUACAUUGGACAUCAGAAAGAAUGUUCAAGCUCAACGUCUUGAUCUGUUUAUCUUAUGGUGUUUGGUGACACCAUCUAUCCAGUGGGACUUAAAGCUGCUAUAGGAUGUUUGCUCUGCGCUGUUUUUUUCCUAAGCAGCCCAAUUAUUAAGAUUAAUAUAUGUAAAAUAGAUAUGGGCGCUGAAAACUAAUGUUACUGAACAUGUAUAAGCAGGGGGGAAAAUAAAUGUUAUUAGUGACACCAGCAGGGAAAAAGAAUUGGGGAGAAUUGGUGUAUUUAGGUUUAGUGAUAGUCCAGGUAAACUGACCCUACCUUACCCUGUCUGUGAUUUUUCCUUCUGUUAUCGCCGGGUGCGUCUAGCCGCCGACUGCUGUUGACGUCACCGCAGGUUCAGAAAGUCUGCUCCGUGCAGCUGCUUUGUAACCACUGGUCUCCUUAUGCUCUGUCCCAAAUGCGUUUCGUGCAUGUAAUGGUUCUUUAGUGGGAGUCUCUCCUUUGACUUUUAUGUUGUUUGAUAUUUAUUGUAUACCUGUAAUGUUAUAUUUUUUGUAUAUAUUAAUUGUGAUUCAUUUGGAGUAUUAUUUAAAAUGAAAAUUUUUACAAAUAAACACAUGAAUAUUAUCAUCAAA